AUGGAGCAUAAACCAUCUCAGCUAGUUGUUAUGCCAUUUAUUGGUCUCUUAUAUAGGAACCUAAACAAUGUGUGUCAGUUGAUAUUUUUUAUAAUUGGAAUAUCAUUAGGAGUAGUUGCAACUCUAUGCUUUCUGUAUCCAGUGACCUCUCCAAUCACAACAUUGCCUGAUUUGUUUCCACCACCAUUACCAUCGUCACAUCCAUUAUCUUUAACUCUCCCACCACAAUCACCAUCACUGCCAUUGGAAGUAUUUUCUUAUUCAUCAGGAAAUUACAUAAACUCCAACUCUACCAGAGCUUGGUUGAAUAUAUCUCUCAUGCACAACAUGACAGAUCAAGAGUUAUUCCUCAAAGCAACUACGGUUUCAAAGACUCGAGAUUUUUCUAACAAGGCCGUUCCAAAAGUGGCUUUCAUGUUUUUGGCAAAAGGUGCACUCCCUCUGGCACCCUUGUGGGAGAAAUUCUUCAAAGGCCAUGAUGCUUUUUACUCCAUUUACUUGCACCAACAUCCUUCUUUCAAUGAAACCGUGCCUCAAGAUUCUGUGUUCUAUGGAAGAAAAGUACCUAGCCAGGCAGUGUUCUGGGGUACAACAUCAAUGAUAGAUGCUGAGAGACGUCUUCUGGCAAAUGCACUCAUGGACUUGUCCAAUCAACGUUUUGUGCUGCUCUCAGAAUCCUGCAUUCCAUUGUUUGGCUUCAGAACUAUAUUUGAUUAUCUCAUGAACUCAAGCAUGAGCUUCUUAGGCUCAUUUGAUGACCCAAGAAGAGAUGCAAGAGGAAGAUACAGCCCAAAAAUGUGGCCUACAAUUAACCUAACCAAUUGGAGAAAAGGGUCUCAAUGGUUUGAAGUGCAUCGUGAACUUGCCAUUCACAUUGUAUCUGACACCAAAUAUUAUCCUAUAUUUCAGAAGUAUUGUCAUCCACCAUGCUAUGCAGAUGAGCAUUAUUUACCAACUUUUGUGCAUACGAUGUACCCUCAAUUGAACUCCAAUCGUAGCCUUACUUUGGUUGAUUGGUCAAGGCGUGGCCCUCAUCCUAGAACAUUUGGGUGGCAUGAUAUUACAGAUGAGUCUUUAAACCACGUUCGUUUUGGAUCAACAUGUGUUUAUGAUGGCAACCCCACCAACACGUGCUUUCUUUUUGCAAGAAAGUUUCAUCCAAGCGCAUUGAAUCCUUUAUUGCGAGUGUCUCCCUUGUUGUUUGGUGUUGAUACUUAA